AUUUCCUAGGAGCUUGGAGCAAAAGGAAUCUCAAUUAACCAUGGAGGAGAAAAGUUUACUGCAGAAACUGCGGUCAUACCCACCAGCGGUAUUUUUUAUGCUGGGAAAUGAGUUUUGUGAGCGCUUCUCAUUCUACGGUAUGAAGACCAUCCUUUUCAUUUAUCUCAUCACAGAACAUGAAUUCUCGCCCAGCAAGGCGACAUUCAUCUAUCAUCUUUUCACCUGUAUUGCCUAUCUUACCCCAUUAAUUGGAUCAAUUAUGGCGGAUUCGGUGUUUGGACGGUUCAAGGUUAUUCUCUAUGGCUCCUCCAUUUACGUUGUCGGACACGUUCUUCUAUCACUUGGCGCUGUACCAUUCCUUUCCUAUCCCAUCCGAUCAUCACUUGAUUUCUCGGGACUUUUUGUCAUUGCUUUUGCAACUGGAUGCAUUAAACCUUGUGUUUCCGCAUUCGCAGCUGACCAGUUUACCGAAGACCAAAAAGAUCUUCGCUCGCAAUUUUUCUCGUUCUUCUACUUUGCAAUCAAUGGAGGAUCGUUGUUUGCUAUAAUCAUUACUCCAAUCCUUCGUGGUCGAGUUCAAUGCUUCGGAAAUGCACACUGCUUCCCAUUGGCUUUUGGUGUUCCAGGAGUCUUGAUGUUGUUGGCGUUGAUUCUAUUCUUGAUGGGAUGGUCAAUGUACAAGAAGCAUCCACCAAGCAAGGAAAACGUUGGAUCCAAAGUUGUCGCUGUUAUCUAUACUUCGUUAAGGAAAAUGGUUGGAGGUGCAUCUCGUGACAAGCCGGUGACUCAUUGGCUCGACCAUGCAGCUCCAGAACAUUCUCAAAAGAUGAUUGACUCAACUCGUGGACUCCUGAAUGUCGCUGUUAUCUUCUGUCCUCUCAUUUUCUUCUGGGCUCUUUUUGAUCAACAAGGAUCCACGUGGGUACUUCAAGCUCGUCGUCUUGACGGAAGAGUCGGACAUUUCUCCAUUCUUCCUGAACAAAUUCACGCAAUUAAUCCAGUCUGUGUCCUGAUCCUUGUUCCAAUUUUCGAAGGAUGGGUCUAUCCAGCAUUGAGAAAGAUCACCAGGGUCACACCUCUCAGAAAAAUGGCAGUUGGAGGUCUUUUGACUGCAUUUUCAUUUGCUAUUGCUGGAGUUUUACAGCUAAAAGUUAAUGAAACUAUGGAGUUCCCACCUUCCCUUGGACGAAUUUAUCUGCAACGUGUUGGAAACGAAAGCUUGAUCAGUGACUUCAGAUAUAAAAGUGAUGGAAGACUUAUUGGAGACGGAAUGCUUCCAAAAGGCCGAACCGAGUUGGACGCAGGAAUAUAUACGUUUAACACAGGACUUAAAAAUGAAUCUCAAGAAAUUGACAUUUCCACUCCAAAUAAAGGUUAUGUGAUGGCAGUUUUCAGAUUAAAAGAUGCUGUAGAAGUAGUGAAGUUCGACUAUAAAGUUGAGAAAACAGAUAAUGGAGCAACGCGUGUGUUUGUUGUCACUGCUCGUGAAGAUGCUGACACAUUGGUCUAUGCAAUCAAUAAGAAGGGUAAAAUAUUGAGCAGUUGUGAGCUUAAAUCCGGAUCCUACGUUGAUGUGAUUCCUGGAAUCAUCAGUGAUCCAAAUGUCCGGUUAUAUUGGGGACCUAAGAAUAGUUGUUCAGGAGUUGACUGCCCUAAUACUGUUACAUUGAAUGCCCAAAUGGGAGCCGUCCAUGUCCUCCACAUUCACCCUUCAACAACAGAGGGUGACUUCAACUUGUUGGUACGCCCCAACUCUGUGAGCAUUCUGUGGUCACUUCCACAAUAUAUUAUAAUCACCCUUGGAGAAGUUUUGUUGUCGGUGACUGGAUUGGAAUUUGCUUAUUCUCAAGCUGCUCCAAACAUGAAAUCCGUGCUCACAGCAAUGUGGUUACUGACUGUUUUCGCUGGAAACUUGAUUGAUAUGAUGAUAUCCGGUACUCGACUUAUACCACAUCCGGCAUUGGAGUUUUUCUUCUACAGUACUCUUAUGGUUAUUGUUAUGGGAGUUUUUAUUCUUUUAGCCAUGCAAUAUACCUACGUGGAAGAUAAUGACGAUGAAAUUACAAUAACAGAGUCCGAAAAGAAAGAUGUAAUUGCGUUAACUGAAAUUGAAUCAGGAACUGCUACUUCGGAUAAGAAAGAAUAAUUUUUAUAAAUUCCCAUUCAAUUCAAUAUUUUUGUGCUUUAAUUUGUUCUUAUGUUUACCAAACUCCCCUUCCAAAAUGAGAUCUAGUCAUCCGCGUGACUUUAAAUUAUUUUUUUUUUCGGUUUUCGGCAUUUUAGAAUCCCAUGUAGACAUUGUCAUCCAAUCAUCCACAUUCCUUGAACGGUAUUUUCUUUUUUUUGACAAAAUUGUUUUCCUUUGCUCGCUUUUUUUCUUGAGCAUAAUUCUACGUUUCUGCAUAAUUUGAUUAAAAAGUUUGAAUAAAAUUUGAUAAAAU